AUGCCCAUGAACUUCCCUCGGGCCUGCAAGUGGCUCAUCAUCUGGUUUCUGUCGGGCAUCACCUUCAUGACGCCCUUCGCCUCCUCAAUCCUCGCCCCGGCCAUCGGCCGCUUCAUCGAGGACUUGGGAAACGACGACCUCACCGUCGGCACCCUCCCCGUAAGCAUCUACCUGCUCGGCUACGCCGUCGGUCCGCUCUUCCUCGCGCCCCUGUCCGAGAUGUACGGCCGACGCCCCGUCCUCGAUGCCGCCAACCUCUUCUUCUGCGCAUGGCUCAUCGGCUGCGCCCUCGCUCCCUCCAUCGCCUCGCUCGCCAUAUUCCGUGCACUCACGGGCGUCGGUGGCUCCGGCUGCCUCGCCAUCGGCGCCGGCGUCAUCGCCGACAUGUUCCCCGUCGCGGAGCGGGGCGUCGCCAUCUCUAUCUGGAUGGUCGGCCCCUUGAUCGGCCCCACCCUGGCGCCCAUCGCGGGCGCCUACAUCGCCCAGGGCUUUGGCUGGCGCUGGUGGUCGUGGAUCACCCUCAUCGCUGCCACGCCCAUGGCUCUCAUCAUCGCCGUCUUCAACCAGGAGACCAACCCGCGCGUCCUCAUCGACCGCAGGGUCGCCCGCCUCCGCGCGGAGCUCGACCGCCCCGACCUCCGCAGCGUCUGCGACGACCCCCCGUCGCCGGCGGGCGCGCCCAAGCCCACUUCCGCCCAGGUCCUCUUGCGGGCGCUCAGCCGGCCCUUGAAGUUGCUCUUUCGCUCUCCGAUCCUCUUCAGCGUGAGCCUCUACUGCGCCUUCUCCUACGGCGUGCUUUACCUGCUCUUCAGCACCAUCCCCCUCGUCUUCACCGCCACCUACGGCUUCUCCGUCGGCAACACGGGGCUCGUCUACAUCCCCCUCGGCCUCGGAUACCUCAUCGGCAUGGCCUUGUUUAUCACACUCUCCGACCGCACCGUCGUCCACAUGACAAAGGCCAACGGCGGCGUCUACGAGCCCGAGAUGCGGCUCCCGGACUGCAUCUAUUUCGCCGCUGUACUGCCCGUCACUUUCUUCUGGUACGGCUGGACCGCCGAGUUCAAGACGCAUUGGGCGGCGCCCGUCAUCGGGCUGCUGCCGUUCGGCAUCGCGAUCCUGGGAAUCUGGCAGCCCAUACAGGCCUACGCCAUCGACGCAUACCCGCUGGACGCCGCCUCGCCAAUGGCGGCCUUUACGGUUUUCCGCAGCGUCGUUGCGGCGUUUUUGCCCAUAGCCGGGCCGCCAAUGUACGACGCCCUCGGGAUCGGCUGGGGGAAUAGCGUGUUGGGUUUCAUUGCGGUUGCGCUCAUACCCGUUCCGGCGCUUAUAUAUAGGUACGGAGGGCGGAUAAGGAAAUGGCAGGAGCUGGAGCUUUGA